UGUCAAAACGGAGUGACGUCAGACGUGCUCUUGGAUGGAAAAUAUAAUAGCAAGUUGAAAUUAUCAAGUGUGAUGAAACUUUAGGAAAAUCGCUGACCAAAAUCUGGUUUUCACUAUCUAUACCAAUGCAAACGAACAGGAUAUAGAGCGGCCACAAAAUGGUAUACAUUGCGAGAGACGGAACCGUCCAUCAGAAGCCUCCAUGGACCAUCCAGCGCUUCAUAGGACUGUUUACCGGAUUCUUCGCCUUUAUCGUCAUGUUCUUCCGGACGAUGCUGGAUUUGAAUCCGAACAGCCCAUCGAAUGCGUCGGACGGUAGUAGUAGUCACCGUGGAGGUGGUGGUGGACCAGGUGGAGGAGGUCCGGGAGGACCCCGACACCGACCAAUCGGAAGAACGAUGACUUUACGAGAUUGUACCAUCCCAGGAGGUGGAUGAGCGCGGUAAUGCAUCCGAUGUGAAACCUAGCCGUUCGCUGCGGAUGCCGUCCCACUAAUUCCUCCGGGAGACCUUCGAACGUCUAAAAGUUGCUGCUUUUGUAUGACGAGUAAGCCCUAAACCUACGCUAAACCACAGGCGGGUUUAUUCUGAAGAGGAUUUUCGAGGGUUAACCAAAUUAAUGUCGUUUUUGUCUGAGGCGAAACAGUCAGAUUCUAAUCCCCGACUGCGGUCAAACUGUACGAUUAUAGUUGGAACCUGACUGUUUCGUGUUCAAGCCUAAAUGGUAGAAAUGAUUUUCCUAUUAUUUUUUGUAUUUACCUGUCUAAAUAUUCUCAUUGGUGUAAGCGUAAUCUGAAAAUAAACAAAUUGCGGUUGCGGAAA